AUGUCUGAAAAUGGGUUGACUAUGUCAGACAGCCAAGAUGACACGAUAGAACUAGAUCCCAACUCCAUAGAGUAUUUAUCUCAAGAUGCUGACAACUCUGGCUUGUCGUUGGAGAACACGAGCACUCUAGGAGGAGGUAAUGAACUUUACUCCGAAAGAGAUCGGCCAUAUGUUUGCCAUGUGUGUAACAAAAGAUUUAUCCAGAAAGCCCACUUGAUUAUUCAUAAGCGUAUACAUACGGGUGAGAAACCAUACUCCUGCCAUAUAUGCAAUAAAAGGUUUGCUCAGUCAUCACAUCUGGCAGUUCACAAACGUGUUCAUACUGGAGAAAAGCCUUUCUUCUGUAACUUUUGUGGCAUGGGGUUUUGUAGGAGGCCUCGACUGGAGGCUCACAUUCUUCAGCAUAUGGUGAAAGAAGGUAGAAACUUUCUGGGGGACUUUAAGGGAACUAAUGUGAGCAAUUUGUCUAUGGUUGGAUUCGGGAACAGCGGACCUUAUAAAGUGGAAAUGGUCAAUCAGGAGUCACUGGAUGCAGCUGCGCAGUUGAUGGAGUUGAAGAUGAAAGGAGGAUUGUUAUCGGAGAUCAAAGCAGAACCUCAAGACGCUGUUCAGGAUGAGCUCAUGAACUCUGUGAUACCGGAAACUAAUGGCAUCAGUCAUUCUGGAGAGAAUGAUGGAGUGAGGAAGAGGAGAAAGCCAGAGUUUGUUAGAAGGUUAGGGGGGAAAGAUGUUGAAAGUAGCAACAACGUUGAUAAAGAAACUGAUUUAGGAAAUGAUAAAAGUGGUCAUGAAACAGGUCACUCUGAUUAUGCAAACACAAACCUUUUAGACUUAUCAUCUGAAGAGUUAGAUAAAUUUACUUCAAGCCUCACUGAACUAAAUGAUUUCCAGAAACAGGUGCUGAACCAUAGUUUGAUGAUCGGCUCAUCAAAAAACCAUCAGAUCAGCAAUUUUAUCAACAAUGUCGCAGGCAACAACAGCUUACAUUCCACUUCCUCCAUGGUUAAUUCUGGUUUAACCAUGUCGGGUCUAGUCCGCACUAACAACCGCGUAUCCUUAGUUGAUUUCACGGCCGAGGACAUCUUAAAACAUCUCAUGACCAGGGAUGAUGUGAAGUCAUGUGACUUUUGUUGUAUUGUAUUCCAUGACCCGGCCAUGUAUUAUCUGCAUCGGAGCAUGCAUGACAAGAUGGACGUCCGGUGCUGCAACCUCUGCGGGAAACUACUGACUGAUAAAUAUGACUUUACAGCCCAUUUUCUCAGUCAGCACAAGUAA